CAAGUAGCCGCUGGGUGUGGGUGUGGGUGCCGGAGAGGGGAUCAGACGAGGCGCUGACCAGGUGGGCAAGUCGCACGUCGGCGUCCGUGCACCGAGGGUGAGCGCGGCGCCGGGGAACUGCCUGCGAGGUCCGGUGGAUGCCGCCUCGCCGGAGGGGAUCAGACGAGGAAGGAGCUUAGCACUGAGCAGGUGGCGCAUCGGUGCCGGAGGCGUGUUGGUGCAGCCAGGGCGAGUCCUCGUCCGGAAUCUCCCCGAUCGAAGCCUCCGCUCCAGAUCCAGCUCGGCUCUCACGCCGUUCCGUCCCCGCCUGGAUUCCUCUGACUCCGUCCGCCGGCGCCACCACAAGGCUGUGCCGUCCGUCCGCCAGCAUCUCCACCGAGCGCCACCUGACGCGCGUGCUCACCACCGCCGGGCCCUCUCCUUCACCGGCCGCGGAUCCCCCGAUAACCCAGCCAUGGCUUCCGCUGCUGCUGUUUUUGCAGGCAAAGCUAUGGCGACAUCAAUCAUCUCCAAUAUUGUCAACAAGGCCUUCGACUAUUUGAUGGACAACCACAAAGCCGGAGGGCUGAAGAGCGCCAGAGAGAGGCUACUCCCCCAGAUCGAGGUAGUUUUCGAUGCCGUCGACACCGAGGAAAUCAGAGAUCAGAGCAGAGCGUUGGAUGCAUGGCUGUGGCAGCUUCGAGAUGCCGUCGAGGAGGCCGAAGACGCGCUCGAUGAGCUUGACUACUACAGGCUUGAGAAGGAGGUGAAGAAAGAGCAAGAUAACAAGGUGCGUAAGUACAAGCGCAAGGUCAUUCAAGGGUUCAGUCGUGCAUUCAACCUGGGGUCACUAGAGAGGCUGAGGAAUUCAGUCAAGACUCUUGAUGAUGUUGUGGCUGGUGUAGAGCGUUUCUUCCAGGUUCUCAACCACUUGAACAUCGAUAAGAUGAGGACCCAUAAGCAGGAUGUGGAGCUCAGAAACUCGCGCCAGACAAGCUCACUGCCUGGUGGCCUUCUGCUUGGCAGAGAGGAAGAGAGGAAGAGUAUAGUCCAUUGGUUGACCAAGCCUGAAAGUAAUGCCAGUGAUAUCGCUGUGUUUUCUCUAGUUGGUUUAGGUGGGAUAGGGAAGACGUCACUUGCUCAAGAUAUAUGUAGUGCUACAGAUGUCAAAGAGCACUUCGAUUUGAUCAUCUGGGUUUGUGCUUCUCACGAUUUCGACAUUGAAGCACUGACGAAAAAGAUCCUUCAAGACAUCACCGGAAAUGAGAUAACCCUGGUUGGUCUAAAUGCACUCCACAAAGCACUUGAGGAGAGGUUGAUUUCUAAGACCUUUCUCCUUGUACUAGAUGAUGUGUGGAAUGAUGAGAGAAAGCAGGAUUGGGUGAAAUUUUUAGCUCCAUUGAAACGUGGGAAGAAAGAAAGCAAGAUCCUGCUGACAACCCGAAUGCAGUCGGUAGCUGUUGUUGCUGCAACAAAAGUGCAAGAGGGAACUACAAAACAGGUGGAUUCCCGGUGUUUAAGAUUAUCUGGGCUGAAAGAAACUGCCCUCCUGCUUCUUUUGAACAUGUAUGCAUUUUCUGGUGCUAAUCCAGAUGACUACAGGAACCUACAACAGAUUAGCAAGAAAAUGGUAAAAAAACUCAGUGGUUCUCCAUUGGCAGCAAAAGUUCUUGGUGGAUUGUUGAAUGACAACAAGGAUAGUAGCACGUGGAACAGAAUUUUGGACUCAGAUUUUCAUAAUAUACAACAGGGCAGUGAAGGGAUUAUGAUGGUGUUAAGGCUAAGUUAUCAACAUUUACCAACACAUUUGCAAGUGUGUUACAGGUAUUGCAGCUUAUUUCACAAAGACUAUGAGUUCACAAAGAAAGAAUUGGUGUACUUAUGGAUGGGUUCAGGACUGAUCCAACCAUUGGUGGAUGAUACGACACAGCCAGAGGAUAUUGGUAUGAAGUAUUUAAACACAUUAUCUGAAAAGUGCUUUUUUGACAUGAAAUCAGUGCCUCGUCUUGGUCGUGCUAUAAAAUGCAAUUUAUAUGAUGAAUAUUACGAAGAAAAACUUGUUAUGCAUGAUCUAUUGCAUGAGUUGGCCCGGUCUGUGUCAGCGAGUGAAUGCACAAGAGUGGACUUGAAUUUCUCUGGACGUAUUCCAAAGACUGUCCGUCAUAUAUGCAUUGAAAUGAUAAACCCUGCUGUUAUUGAACAGAUCUCUCAUGCAAAGAGACUGCGCACACUUCUUAUGCAUUUUGAAGACCAGGACGAGGUAGAGCAAGUGCACAUGCUCAGUAAAGUGUUAGUUGUGGCCAGAAGCUUAAGAGUGUUAUCCAUAAUAACAAACUCGUCGUGUAAGCUUCCUGAUUCGGUGGGUGAUUUAAUUCAUCUUCGCUAUUUGUCUCUUAAGUGGGGGCGAAAACACAUGGCACAUUUCUGUUGGUUUGCCAAACUUGUGUACAAGCUUUAUCAUUUACAAGUAAUGAAGUUCGAUGAUCCCCAACUCGCAGCUCCUCAGAACAGGGAAAUGGGGGGACUGUGCAAAUUAUUUAAUUUACGUCAUCUGCAACUAUCUUAUGGAAUAAUGCCAAUGAUUCCUUAUGUAGGAAGGCUUACUUCUCUCCAUGAGCUAUAUGGUUUCUGCAUCAAACAACAAGGUGGUUACACUAUUGGUGAACUAAACAAUCUGACGAACAUCCGUCAUUUAUAUGUUUCUGGUCUUGACAAGGUAAACAGCGCAGAAGAAGCUGCCGAAGUUAUGUUGGACCAGAAAAAGUGUCUGUCGGCAGUAACGUUAAGCUGGUCUCGAGACUCUUCAAAUUCAUGCAAGCCAGGCCAAACUGAGUUGGUUUUUGACAAACUUGAACCACAUUGUAAUUUACAUAAACUGAGGAUUGAAGGAUAUCCUGGUUCUCGAUCUCCAAGUUGGCUGCAAAAUCCCACCCUCACUAGUUUGACAUAUGUUUACAUAUGUGAUUGUAAAAAAUUGGAGCGUCUUCCACCUCUUGGGCAGUUACGUUAUCUACAGUACAUUUACAUAAUUAACUUGGAAUUAGUAAAGUGUGUGGAUUCUUCAUUUUAUGGAAGUGAUGAGCUUGGAUUGCAGUAUCUAAAGGUGCUAGAUAUUGAAAGCAUGCCAAAGUUUGUGGAAUGGGGUGGAUUGGAUGAUAAGAACAUAUUCCCUAGGCUUGAGACGCUAAAAGUGCGUAACUGUGAGGCGCUGAGAACACUGCCAAGUGUACCUAUCAGUAUUCAAUAUGUUGAAAUUCAUAAUGCUAGUCUGCUAGUUAUGCCAACAUUUUUUGGGGAUUCUGAUACAAGCUUGUCACCAUCAUUGGACAUGGCUCUCUCUAAGCUCAAGAUUUCCAACUGUCAAAAUCUGGAAACUUUAUGGCAAGGGUGUUCUCUAUCUGCACUCGAGGAGUUGUCCAUCCAACAAUGUGCAAGCCUGUCAUGUCUACCUGGGGAUUCAUUUGGUUCACUUGCCUCCCUUAAAACCCUUGAACUAUUAAAGUGCCCAAAUUUGGUGACAGGACAAAUCAGGUUGCCCCCUACCCUGAAAACAAUCACUUUAGGAUUGUGCGGCGAAGCUGAACAGCCACUAGUUCAUUCAAUGGAAGGUCUUAAUUCGUUGGAACGGUUAUUUUUAGAUGGUUGUGCACUGUCAGUUUUCCCUUCAGAAGUGUUUGCAUGUUUGUCAGGGUUAACUAAUAUGAUGUUUGGUAAUUGUGCAAUUACAUCUCUUCCCUCAGGUGAAGCCUUCGCAAGAUUGACAAAUCUUGAAAACUUAUCGAUAUGGGAUUGCCAAGAGCUAGUUUCAAUCAAUGGGAUCCACAAGAGUCCAUCACUAGUGUCACUGCAAAUUCAUGGAUGCACCAAGAUUAUUGCAGACCCCUCUGUUGGGUGGAUACAUGACCCUUCUAGUUUUUCUAGCCUGGAUGAGCUUGAUAUUGACAAUCCGUCCCUCUUGCUUAGCGAGCCGUUACGAAGCAUCUCGUGUGUCAAGAAACUUAGAAUUCUUGGCGGUCCUGAACUGGCACACUUACCUGAGGAGUGGUUACUGCUAAAUGGGGCACUUAAAGGCCUACACGUUUCUGAUGCUUCUCGUCUGAUAUGCCUGCCCCCACAAAUGGCCCGUCUGAGCUCUAUUGAAUCCUUAGAUAUAUCCAAUGCGAAAUUGAUCCGGAGUUUGCCUGACAUGCCUACUUCGCUGAUGACUCUGCGAAUAAACAAUUGCCACUCUGAGUUCAAGAAGCGAUGCCAAAAGAACAAGGGGGUUGAUUGGGUUAAGAUUGCACAUAUCUGUAACGUAGAUAUUAGCUAAGAGGUGUCAAUAGAUGAUGAUGCAUGAGCUGUAAUAUGAUCUGUCAAACCUAAACGCAGGCCAAUAUAUCUUGGCUUCCAUGGUGUUUGCCUGUUUGGUGUUAAUCUGUAAAUAGCCAUGUGCCUGCGCCCACUCUCCAAAGAUUGCA